GCUUGGUGGUCCUAAUUAAAAAAGGAUUUUUGUGUAAUACUCGCCAAAGAUCGUUUCUCGAAAUCACGCAACAUGACCGCGACACCCAAGAAAGUCCUGCUGGAUGACUACCGCAACGUCCUGAUCCGCCAAGAAGAAACCAUCAUCUUUUCUCUCAUCGAACGCGCGCAGUUCCUCCGCAAUGCACCGAUUUACCGCAAGCGGGCCGACGCGACGGCGUCGCUGCUGAGCUUCAAGGGCAAGUACAAUGGUUUCGAAGGCAGUUUCCUCGAGUUCAUGCUCAGCGAAACAGAGAGGUUGCACGCUCUGAACCGACGCUACACGUCGCCGGACGAGCAUGCUUUCUUCCCGUCGUUCUUGCCCGACCCGAUCUUGCCACCCCUCGACUACCAGUCUGUCCUCAUCCCCAACACGAUCAACAUCAACGACCAAAUCAUGAGUGUCUACCUCGAAAAGCUCUUGCCUCAUAUCACGCACGAUAGCGACGACCACACUACCUUCGGAUCGUCGGCAAACGCGGACAUCGCCGUGUUGCAAGCGUUGAGCAAGCGCAUCCAUUUCGGCAAAUUCAUCGCCGAAGCCAAAUUCCAAGCCGAGACGAAGCGAUACACGGCGCUCAUCCUGGCCAACGACGCCGAGGGCAUCAUGGACGCGCUGACCAACUUGGCCGUGGAAGACAAAGUCGUCAUGCGGGUGCGCUUCAAGGCAUCAACGUACGGUCAGGACAUUGUUGACGACACCACCACCACCAUCCACGACAACUCCAACUCCAUCGAGCACUGCAAAGUCGAUCCGCAAGUCAUCGCCGAUCUCUACCGCAACUUUGUCAUGCCACUGACCAAACAAGUGCAAGUCGCGUACUUGCUCCAGCGUCUGCAUCAUCCGUCCGUGUCGUUCGUCGGCCCCGUCGGCAGCUUUGCCCACUCGGCCGCCGUCGCCCAUUUCGCCAACCAGCGCAACUUUUACCCCGUCGGGACGCUGACCGACGUGUUUGCCAGCGUCGUGGCGCAUCAAACCGCGUUCGGCCUCGUCGCAUUUGAAGACUCCCAGGUCGGGAUCAGCAAGGAUGCGCAGCUCCUGCUCAUCGCCAGCGGCCUCGUCGUGACGGCGGAAACUGUCUUGCAGCGGCCGUUUGUCCUUGCGACGUCGAGCGCGUCGGUGCCGCCGGCGGACGUGACCGCCGUGUACAUGCCCGCGUCGGCGGAGGCCGGCUUUGGGCUGAUCGUGGACCGUAUAUGGAGUGGCGCCAAGGUCGUGCAGGUGGCGAGCGUAGACGAAGCUGCACGAUGCGCCCAGCGCCUCCGCGGCGCCGUUGCCGUCACCACCGCCGACGCCGCCAAGGCCGCAGACCUGCAUGUGCUCGACACCCCCGUGGACUUGUCGGCCAUCUCCAAGCCGCCGCCGGCCCUCUCGGUCCGGUUUCUCGUCGUCGGUCGGUCGGUCCAACCCCCCACAGGCAACGACAAGACGUGUCUGUGCGUCAAUGUCAAGCACGAGGUCGGGUCGCUGCUCUCGGCCCUGCAAGUGUUCAAGGUACAGUGUCGCAUGUAAGUUUCAUGUGACAACCGGCGGAUAUUGAUUGUAGACCCACGGCGUCAACAUGACGUGCCUGGAAUCUCUCCAGCGCAGUGCCGCCGCGGGCGAGUUUGGGUUUUACAUGGAGCUGGACGGCCACCGAGACGACAGACACGUGUCGGAUGCGCUUGCGGCGCUGCGCUCGACGACUCAAGACGUGCGCUGUCUCGGAUCGUUUCCAGUGCACCACCACCGCCGGUCCUAAGCUGCACCCGAUGGAGUUUUGAUAGGACGGGUUGCGUAGAUAUAUAUAUGUAGCACAUGUUUCAAAUGUCCAUUGCAUCUUCACAUCAAGUUAUAGUGUGGGGGAGUGUUUAAU